GCGGCCAAGAUGGCGGCGGACACGGCGGCGUCGGGCUUCGAGCACAUGGGGCUGGACCCGCGGCUGCUGAGGGCGGUGGCAGAGCUGGGCUGGGCAACUCCCACGGCCAUCCAGGCCCAGGCCAUCCCCCUGGCAUUGGAGGGCAGGGACCUGCUGGCACGGGCCAGGACGGGCUCCGGGAAAACAGGAGCCUACGGGCUACCCCUGCUGCACAAACUGCUCAGCAUCAAAGAGAGGGCGGGAAAGGGGCCUGGGUGCCACGUCAUUGCCCAGUUCAACCGUGGCCUCUACGACUUCAUCGUGGCCACCGACGAGGAGGGGCCUGUGGAGACCCCCCAGCGCCAAGCACGGAAAGGGGGGACCCCGGGGAAGGGGAAGGGGAAGGCCAAGGACAAGGGGAAGGCCAAGGCCCAGGACCCCGAGUAUGGGGUCGCGCGGGGCAUCGACUUCCAGAACGUCUCGGCCGUCAUCAACUUUGACGUCCCCCCCACAGUCGAGUCCUACAUCCACCGUGUGGGCAGGACAGCCCGUGGUGACAACCCUGGCACAGCACUGACCCUGGCGCUGCCCGAGGAGCACGAGGGGCUCACCCGCAUCGAGGACGCGCUGGCAGGAGAGAACGGGCAGUCCAUGCUCCAGCCCUACAAGUUCUGCAUGGAGGAGAUCGAGUCGCUGCGCUACCGCUGCCGGGAUGCCAUGCGCUCGGUGACCAAGCAGGCGGUGAAGGAGGCGCGGCUGCGCGAGAUCAGGGACGAGCUGCUCAACUCCGAGAAGCUCAAGGUNUAUUUCGAGGACAACCCCCGGGACCUGCACGUGCUGCGCCAUGACAAGCCCCUGCACCCGGCCAUCGUGAAACCUCACCUGAGGAACGUGCCAGACUACCUGGUGCCCCCCAGCCUCCGGGGCAUUGCCAGGCCUGGCCCCAGGAAACGAAAGGGCCCCCGAGUGCUCCGAGGGCCCAGUGCCCACAGGGGGAAACCUGCUCCCCGUGGCACCAGGAACCCUCUGCAGAGCUUCAAGUUCUCCCGGCGUGGUGCCAAGGGCCGGGCUGUGCCCACCCCCUGACCCCCCUGUGCCC